AACGCGAAGAACGAUGGAAGACGACGACCCGAACCCGAAUGCCUCGGCGAGCAAAACCCUAGACCCUGUGUUGCAGAAGAAGCACCAGGAAAUGCUCGAGCGCCUCUCUGCUCGUCAUCAAGCUCGCAAAUCUGACUCCCCCGGUUCCUCAUCCUCGCUUGAGUCCACCUCCUCCUUCCUCUCCCGAUUCGCCGAUUCCAAGCAAUCCAUCGAGUCCCGAAUCGCCGGGUCACGACUUGCCUCCUCCUCCUCUGCGGAUCCGUCGAAGGUUAAAUCAGAUCUCGCUGAGAUCUCAUUCGCGAUCGCCGAUCUCGAGAAGCUUCUCGCCGAGAAUUCCUAUUUCCUGCCUUCAUACGAGGUCCGGUCGUCUCUUAAAUCGAUUUCUGAGCUAAAGCAGAAUCUCGAGAGCCUCUCCGGAGAGUUAGUACCGAAGAAGAAGUUUUCUUUCAAGAACAAAUCAACCUCAAGAAAGCCGGAACCCAAACAACCGGAGACCCAGAAAUCCGACGCCGUUUUACCUCCCAAGAUCUCCAUCCGUGAUUCUCCUGGGUUCAGAAACAAGCAUGGCGUCAAUCUGGUGAAAACUUUCAGAGGCUCUUCGAUCGGAGAAUUUACAUUGGCGGAUCUCGAUUCCUGCGAAGUGAGAUUGUUAGGAACGGUUAACGCUCUUUUCCUUCACAGAUUGAGGAACUGCAAGGUCUAUACCGGUCCAGUGAUCGGCUCGAUUCUGAUCGACGACGUAGAGGAUUGCGUUUUUGUGUUGGCGUCGCAUCAGAUCAGAAUCCAUCAUGCCAAGAAGAGCGAUUUCUACCUGAGAGUGCGGAGCAGGCCCAUAAUCGAAGACAGCAACGGGGUGAGAUUCGCGCCGUACUGUUUGGAAUACGAAGGGAUCGAAGAAGACCUAAAGGCGGCGACAUUGGCGGAGGAGACAGGGAACUGGGCCAAUGUGGAUGAUUUCCGGUGGCUGAGAGCCGUACAGUCUCCUAAUUGGUGCAUCUUACCGGAGGACGAGUGGAUUUCUCGGGUUUCCGUCUCCGAUUUCACGAAAGAAGAAGCUUGAUUUGAAGAAGAAUCAGGUUGUGAAAACAGAACAAAGUCAUGGCGGUUUCAAUGGAGGUUUUAGCUAUGGAGAUGGUGAAUCUAAUGAUCACCUGAGAAUGUUUUUGGUUCUGCAUUUUGCAAAGAUUCUCAGGAACAACUUUGAAUGUUUUGUUUCAUCGAUUCGCUUCCUCGAUUCUCUCCUUAUGAGUCACCAUUGAAUUGAAAUUACAUAAAUUUUUAGCCUUUAUCGUAAGGGUUCA